GUGCGUUUUCUCUGGAACUCAGCGCUAAGUAAAAUAGAAGAAACAACCCGGAAGUAUCCAUUCACCCUUAGCCCGAUGAAAGCAUGAACUAACGACAUUGACAAGAACAGACAUGUCUGCAGGUUGUGCCAGGUGGCUGUUCAACAUUUCAACCCAAGCGAUGAGAAGUAGCAGCCCAGUUUAUCUGUAUUCCUUAGUGAGAAGUACCACAUGCAGCGGCAAACCCAACGUCUUUACAACCUUCUGGAGUCAGUCUAAGUUUUGCACAAUAGCAGAGGAUCCUCAAGACACCCCCACAGCUAAGAAGAAAAAGAAGAGCAGUGGACACAGCGAUGGCUCCAUAAGCAGCGUUGGCAGGAAGAUCCCCCAUCGUCUUAUACGGGUUAUAGGAGAGAGCGGGGACAACAUGGGGACAAUGCACCGGUCUGAUGUCCUCCGAAUGAUGGACGAGCAGGGGCUGAAGCUGGUGCUGCUGAGCGAGAACCAGGAACCCCCCGUGUACAGGCUGAUGAGUGGAAAGCAGAUCCACGAGGAGCAGCUCAAGCUCAGGGAGAAGCAGAAAGCGAAGCCAGCACCUAUCCAAGUAAAGGAGCUCACUUUCUCUUCUGGCAUCGCAACUCAUGACCUCGCAACCAAAUUAAAACAAGUGGAGAGUUGGUUGGAGAAGAAACACCAUGUCAAAAUAACCCUUCGGUCUACUCGCAAUUCUACCGGCAACACGGACUCUCAUUUGGAGAACUUAGUGCAACAAAUGGAGGUCGAUUUUGGAUACGUGUCGAAGCCAAAAGUGAUCCGAGAUGGUCAGGCGGCGAUGUGCAUCCUCAGGCCCCCUUCAGCCAAAGAACUCGCUCAAAAACCCAAGAAAAAGCAAACCACAGAGUCUAGCCCAGAAUCUGCUUCAGCAGACGGCUCAAAGGACACAAGUGAGAGUUCUGUACAGCAGUGACACUAUGGGAGUGAAUAGGGAUGGUUUAUCGGUUAUCAGUGAUGAAGAGGAUUUUGCUAGAUAUCGUUAUCGAGCUGUAUUGAAAAUUUUGCCGAAUUGUCUUAUUGAAAGGACUCAUGAAAAUUUUAUCCUAUGUACAAAAGUGAACUGUAAGUUUCAUUUGUAAAUUUCACUAUAAUUGAACAUACAUUGGGUUUGCUAUGGAUUUUAAAAGCUUAAUAUCGGUACCAGCAAAUAUCGGUCACAACAGCAAGCAAAAUCUGAAAUCUGAAUCUGAAAAAAAAAGAUGAAAAAUCCCUAGAUCAAAUACUGUGUGCGGAGAAAUGCAACUGCACUUGGAGAAUUAUGAAAGUUACAAGGGACGCUGGUUUAAAAUGAAAAGCACUUAUUUGUAUUUUGUAACAAGAAGAAAGUUUUGAACAUUGGUGUAAUCAUAAAAUGGUGGUGUAGGUUUACUUGGAAGAAUGGUGAAUGUAAAUGUACUGAAUACACAUUGAAUCUGAGCAUAAGAGCAAAAUAUGUUUUUUUUCUUUUCACUUAUCACUGAUACCGAUUAUUAAAAUGAAUAAAUAAAAACAUAUUUUACAAUCUCACGAUGCUCGAGAUAGAGGUGUGAACUGAAGUCUUUAUCUAUGCAAGGUCCACCACCUGCUCGUCUCCAUGGCGAUAUUGUUGUUUUGCCUGGAAGGUUCCAUGAUAUGAAUUCAGCUUGCCUAUCACCAUGGAGACAAAUACUAGUGUCAAUUUACUGGUCAUAUUGUUAUAGUAUUCAAGGAAUUUUUCAGCAUUAAGAACUAUAAUUCAAUGAAAAGUUGAAGAAAAGUUUUAUGCAUAUUCCAGGCGAAAGCAAUAACAUUCCCAUGGAGACAAGUAAAUAAAAAGGUGGAAGUUGAAAAGCUGCAUUUGUACAUCCAAAAAUGUAUCUAAUGUAAUUCAAAAUUUAAGUGGAUUUGCUGCCUAAAGUUGCUGGUGUGCCUUGGUAUUCCAUAAAAGGAGCACAGACUAGGAAAUUGUAUAUUUCAGCUCAAAACUAUGUUAGACUGCAAACUGAUGUGUCUUAAUAACAUUGUAAAAAAAAUCACACAAAAAGCAACACAGAUGUUUCUUUGCUUUAUUUUCAAGAUAUCACUGUUUUGGUACAAAAUAAAGCAAAUUUGGCAUACAGUUACAUUCACUUGUCACAGAUAAAUGUGUCUUUAGGACUUGUUAAACGUCAAGUCAACACUUUAUCCAGUCCUGUCUCAAUCAGCAAAGAUACUGUCUUAAUCCAAGUGCCAAAAAUAUACUCCGAUAACCGCCAUGAGGCCCAAAAAUAAAAUUUAUUCCUAGAUUGUGUUAGAAAAACAGUAACAGAAGCAGCAUAAUGAUAACUAGCAUGCAAGAACAACAUGUGUCAAUAAGCCUCGAGAACUUUGUAAGAGGAGAAAGGUUUGACAAAGUGAUAGUCUAAAUUCCCACAAUGAGGACACUGCUGAACGUUGCUGUACUCUGAAAAAUACUGCAUUCCCACUCGUACAUCCACCACUGGCUUCCCGCAGUGUUUACAAUUGAGACGGGCCUAAAGAGGAAAAGAAAAUGUGAAAACAGAGUAAUUACUAAAAAGUAUUGCCUUUACAAUCUUACAAUAACAGGAUCUGAAAAUGUUUUAUGUGUGAACUAAAACUUCUCAUUUCCAAAAAAACAAAACUUAUAGAGAGCAAGGUAAUAUUUUUGAGUUGUUUAAGAGACUGUGACAAUGAAAUAGGAACAAUGCCCAUUGCCAAUAAAUAUGUACUUUUUCAGUUUGUUUAUUGUAUAACACAAUAAAAAAAUACUUGUAUUUCUA